UAUAUAUCUUAGAGAAGUACUGUAAUCUUUAGAAUCCACAGCAAUCAUAUAUAUACACAGAGAACUCAACACAGAAGAAAAAAAAAAAAUACUAGUUUGAAAUGGCACAUCAAGUUGUUGUUUUGGCUCUCAUCUUUGUUGCCAUUGCUGGGGUGGCUGCCGCCGAAGCUCAAGCUCCUACAAGUACCCCCACCGCCUCACCAACACCAAAAUCCUCACCCACCCCGCCAUCGUCAUCAUCACCGGCCUCGGCUCCGCAGUCAUCUGCCUCAUCCCCACAAGCCUCAGCCGCCACUCCUCAGGCCUCAGCCUCCAGCCCCUCUGCAUCUCCACCUGAGAGUUCAGCUACCUCUCCCACCGCCUCUCCUACCACGCCGGCCGCCUCACCCACCGAUGACUCCGCUUCCGCCCCCGGCAGCGAGGCCUCAUCUCCACCCUCCCCCGGGAGCGAGUCCACUCCUGCAGAUGGACCUGCCUCUGGGCCUGCUGUUGAUGAUGCCCCUGCCGCCUCACCCACACAGAGUGGAGCCACCGCUCUCAAGGUCUCUGCCGCAGCUGGUGCUGCCUUCAUCGCUGGCUUCUUCGUCCUCUAAGCGAAAGACGAUAGCUUGAGAUGUUGUUUAUAUCCAGUAAUUCUUUGCGUCUGCAUGUGCUUGUUACGUAUCUCCAUAUUAAAUUUAUUGAUUAAAUUCGUGUAUUAGUUUUUUUAAUACGGGGGAAGGCAUUUGAUUCUUAGGGGAUUAUAUAUGUCUGUUUGUUCCUUGAAUAAUUUUUUUGAAUUUUAUAUGUAUGUGCUUUUUUGGGGUUAAAAGCAUUUUGUGAGA